AUGGUGAACAUCACGGAAAAGAUCAAGGAGAUUGAGGAGGAGAUGAAGAGGACCCAAAAAAACAAGGCAACCGAAUAUCACUUGGGUCUAUUAAAAGGAAAACUUGCUCGACUAAGGGCGCAACUGCUGGAGCCUGGUCCUGGAGCCGGAGGUGGUGGCGGUUCAGGUUUCGAUGUGAGCAAAAGUGGUGAUGCGCGAAUUGCCCUCGUCGGUUUCCCCUCUGUAGGAAAAUCGACGUUCUUAUCCAAGGUCACAAAGACAAGGUCAGAGGUCGCCUCUUAUGCUUUCACAACCUUGACAGCCAUUCCUGGUGUGCUCGAGUACGGUGGUGCUGAGAUUCAGCUUCUCGAUCUUCCCGGUAUUAUCGAAGGUGCUUCCGAAGGCAAGGGUCGAGGACGACAGGUUAUCUCGGCUGCCAAGACCAGUGAUCUUAUUCUCAUGGUUCUCGAUGCUACCAAGAAGGCUGAGCAAAGAGCGCUGCUGGAGGCUGAACUGGAGGCAGUCGGUAUCCGUCUCAACCGAGAACCACCCAACAUUUACCUCAAGGUCAAGACAGCGGGUGGUAUGAAAAUCACAUUCUCGUCCCCUCCCAAGAGACUGGACGAGAAGAUGCUUUACAACAUUCUGCGAGAUUACAAGAUCCUCAACUGCGAGGUUCUUGUGCGUGACGAGAACGCCACAGUUGACGACUUUAUCGAUGUUAUCAUGAAGGACCACAGAAAGUACAUCAAGUGCUUGUACGUCUACAACAAGAUCGACAGCGUCUCACUCGAUUUCCUCGACCAGUUAGCGCGUGAGGACCACACAGUCGUCAUGAGUUGUGAGGACGACCUGGGUAUCCAGGAUGUUAUCGACAGAUGCUGGAAGGAGCUCAAGCUGAUCCGCAUCUACACCAAGCGCAAGGGUGCAGAGCCCGAUUUCGGCGAGGCGCUGAUCGUUCGCAGCAACAGCACUGUCGAAGAUGUGUGUGAUCGUAUUCACAGGACUCUCAAGGAUACGUUCAAGUAUGCCAUGGUGUGGGGUGCCAGUGCAAGACAUAUUCCGCAACGGGUUGGUCUGAGUCACCCUGUGGCGGAUGAGGAUGUUGUGUAUAUCUGCACAGCCUGGAAGGCAUAG